AGCUACAGCACAGUAUUCGACGCUGUCGGUGGCAUGAGCACCUUCUAAACGUUACUUACUGUAGCUGUAACUAACAAACCAAUGACCUUGGCUUCGGUUGGGUGUAAGUUUAAUAAGAUUUGAUUUUGUUAAAUAUUUCACACUUCUCUCGUCUUUAGUGCUAACUUGGCUAUUCUAACUAGCUCUAGCAACACUAGGUAGAAUUCCCAUGAGACUAGAGCUUGUCAGGAGCUGCUUAAGUCACAACUAUUCAGUCGCUUUUAAUUUUUGGUAUAAACACUAUCAGUUCGAUUUAGCACGGACAUUAUAAUGUUGCUAUUGGUUAGAUAUAUGCUAGUGACCAGUAUGGAAGGUAUAUGAUGCGUUUGGUGUGAGUUAUAUUCUGGGAGGUUAUCUCACAAGGGUUUCUUACUAGAAAGAGCUGAUGUUAUUCAACCAGUGGCUUUCAUAACCCAGUGGUUAUAUCACUCUGAUUAGUUGUAGACGUGGUGACUAAUACCUUAGUGGUCUUAUAUUAAAAUAAACAAUCACUUGAAGAAACAGAUGGUCCUACUACUUAGUCUUGAUUGUGGUUAUAUUUAUGUUUCUAGUGUAAGGACAGGCCCUUGAGUGAUCCUCCCUAUUUUUCUCAUGUCAAGGGCAGCUGACAGAAACCGCCCUGCUGGCUAUGAACCUCUAAAAUCCUCAUUACUCUUUACUAUUGCUUAGUACCCUUUCAGUCAUGUUUCGCAAGAUAUUUUUGUUCUGUUCUGUGAAAGUGGAGUGGGAUGCAUUCAGAACAAAAGGAUUCCAAAUGGACACUGUCAUACGUCGAUGCCCUUUUCUGAUGAUCGUGCCCCGGGCCUUCCUGCAGCUGGUAGGAAAGUCGUCUCUAGUGGGCUAUGCUCAGAGGUGUCCUGUGAUGAUGGACCUGGCCUCCAGACCUCUGGCCAGAGCCCUGUCCUCCUCUGCCUCUGUGUCCAAUGACACAUCCAAUGACGAGCUGAAUCGUGCGUCCAAGCCGCCCCCCGGCCACCCAGUGCCCCCUGCUGGCCAGGCUAUGGGCUCCAAGUGCCCGUUCCUGGCUGCUGAGAUGGGGAAGAACAACAAUCGAGUGGUGAGGGAGGCCCACAUAGAUCUGCAGGAGGAUGUGCAGGAGAUGAACACCGUCCGCACAAACAAAUCUGAGUCGGUGGUUGAUGCAUCCGUAAUGAAUCUCAUCAAAGCAGACAAGUCUGACCCAGGGGUUCUGAAGAACAUUCUAAAGCAGCAGCCGCACAAGGUCUCUCACUUGCUGAAGGACAACUUGCCCAAAGCUACUGCCACCUUUAAGUACGAUCAAUUCUUUGAGAAGAAGAUUGAGGGGAAGAAGAAAGACCACAGCUACCGGGUGUUUAAGACUGUGAAUCGACGUGCCACAACCUUCCCCAUGGCAGAUGACUACUCAGAGUCUCUCCACCUGAAGAGAAAUGUGUCUGUGUGGUGCAGCAACGACUACCUGGGCAUGAGCCGCCACCCCCGCAUCACCCAGUCCAUCAUGGACACGUUACAGAAGCAUGGGGCAGGAGCCGGAGGCACUCGCAACAUCUCUGGAACCAGUAAGUUCCACGUGGACCUUGAGUUUGAGCUGGCCGACUUGCACAGAAAAGACGCUGCACUCCUCUUCACUUCCUGUUUCGUAGCCAAUGACUCAACAUUAUUCACUCUGGCCAAAAUGCUACCAGGUUGUGAGAUCUACUCGGAUGCAGGAAACCAUGCCUCCAUGAUUCAGGGUAUAAGGAACAGCGGAGCCAAAAAGUUUAUCUUCCGUCACAACGACGUCAAUCAUUUACGAGAGCUGCUGCAGAAGUCUGACCCUUCCUGCCCCAAGAUCGUGGCUUUUGAGACGGUACAUUCAAUGGAUGGUGCUGUGUGUCCUCUGGAGGAGAUGUGCGACGUGUCCCACGAGUUUGGGGCCAUCACAUUUGUGGACGAGGUGCAUGCUGUGGGCCUCUACGGAGCCCGGGGAGGAGGCAUCGGAGACAGAGACGGUGUCAUGCACAAGAUGGACAUCAUCUCAGGCACUCUCGGGAAGGCGUUUGGUUGUGUGGGCGGCUACAUCGCCAGCACCAGGGCCCUGGUGGACACGGUGCGCUCCUACGCAGCAGGCUUCAUCUUCACCACCUCCCUGCCGCCCAUGCUGCUGGCCGGCGCCAGGGAGUCCAUCCAGACCUUGAAGAGUGAAGAGGGACGCAUGCUCCGGAGGAAGCACCAGAGGAACGUCAAGCUGAUGCGCCAAAUGCUGAUGGACUCAGGGCUGCCCGUGGUCCACUGCCCCAGCCACAUCAUCCCUGUGAGGGUGGCGGACGCAGCCAAGAACACGGAGCUGUGCGACAUCAUGAUGGCACGCUACAGCAUCUACGUCCAGGCCAUAAACUAUCCCACGGUGGCCAAGGGGGAGGAGCUUCUUCGCAUCGCCCCCACACCACACCACACCCCCCAGAUGAUGCACUACUUUGUCAAGUGUCUCGUGCAGGCUUGGAAGGAGGUGGGACUGGGCCUGAGGUCUCACUCAUCAGGGGAGUGUAACUUCUGCCGGCAGCCUCUUCACUUUGAGCUGAUGAGCGAAAGGGAGAAGUCCUUCUUCACAGGUCUCAGUCACAUGAUCUCUGCCAGAGCCUAAGAUUAAAUACCAGACCACAAAUGCCUCACCCUAAAGAAACACAUUCAUUAUAUUUAUUGACGAUGUUAUCUAUAACUUCACAUGUAUUCAUAAAAAUGAAGUAUUCUGUAUCACCAAUAAAAUUAUGGGGAAAGUAA